UAAGAAAACAAUGGGACAUGAGCCUUAUGCAAUCUUGAAAGAGGAUAGAACAGUGGUUGUUCGUAGGUAUACUCCUUCAGAUAAUAGAGAAGUCCUGCGCAUCUUCCAUGAGGGUAUGAUGGAAAUGGUGACUGACACUGCUUUCCGUGGCUUACUGCAUCACCCGGAAAGUCAACUCCUGUACUCUGCUAUAACAGUGACAUUUUAUGUGUUCACUGGAUCAAUAUGGUUGGCCUGUUGCAUACUGCCACUAGUGUUGGGUGUGCGAUACUACUACAGUUGGAAAGUGGUGAAUGGGUACCUGGAACGGGCGCAGGACAUGCAUGACAUUGACCAGAACUACAUGGAAUCCUCCGAGCACUAUCUCUGGGUUGCGGAGAUCGGAAGGACAGUAGUUGGGCUGGUUGCAGUCCACUGCCUUCAGGAUGGCAAUAUGGAGCUGAACCGCAUGUCUGUGGAUUCCCACUUUCAGCGCCAGCGGGUUGGGGUUGCACUUGGCCAGCAGGUCCUCAGGUUUGCCCGUCUUCAUGCCCACUCCUCUUCAUCAGCUACUACCUCAGUAGUCCUGGGUACCACGACAUAUACGGCAGCACCGCACCGCCUUUACCAAGCCCUGGGCUUCCGCUGUGUAGGCAUCACCGAAGGAUUCUGCACACCAGGCACUGAGCGAUCCCUCCUGGAACAAGCAUUCUACAGAGUACGUCACCACCACUACCAGCUGGACUUACACUAGUCACGGAUUACACCACAGUGCAUUUACAUGGAAUGAUUCUUCUGAUUACUUUUAAAGCUCUACAUGGCCUGUCUCCCAAUUACAUAUCUGAUCUCCUAGUACCUUAUACACCUGUGCGUACUUUAAGAUCAUCUGGUAGUGGUUUCCUAACUAUUCCUAGGUCAAUCUCAAAACUAAAGGGGAGAGAGCAUUUAGUGUCAGGGCACCUAGGCUCUGGAAUGACCUGCCUGAUGAAAUCAGGUCAGCCAAGUCAGUAUGCUCUUUUAAAUCCCUCCUUAAAACUCAUCUUUACAAGCAAGCCUUCCUUAGUUUUGUUAAAGUAAUAUACUUCAUUUUGUGUUAAGUUUAUUAAGUUUUAUUUCAGUGUCAAGUUUUAUUUCAGUAAGUUUUAUUUCAGUGUCAAGUU